UACACGGAAGUGACGCGCGGUGCUCAAAAGAGUUAAGCAAAGCAUCUGGGGACAAAACAGCAGCUAGCUCAGUUUUAAUUUAACAGCAGAGGACCGAGGCAAGGAGCGAGUACACGGCGGAAAACGGUUAACACGACUGUAAUCAGACCAGCAUCAUGAACCCUGUCUACAGCCCUGCACCAACAGGGGUCCCCUUCCCCAACACCAAGGGUUUGAGCUAUCCAGCUGCUGGAUUCCCUGUCGGCUAUGCGACCGCUGGGCCUGCAUACAGUCCAAAUGUUUACGCAGGAGCCAACCCAACCUUCCACAGUGGCUACGCUACUGGGACCGCUUUCAAAAUGUCCUGCUCUCCCAACACGGGAACCGUCCCUCCUUACUCCUCCUCUCCCAACCCUUACCCCACUGCUGUUUACCCCGUCAGGAGCACCUAUCCCCAACAGAGCCCUUACGCCCAGGCACUAAUACCUUCACAACAACAAGGCACGUAUUACACACAGCCGCUGUACGCUGCUCCGCCUCAUGUCAUCCAUCACACGACAGUGGUCCAGCCCAACGGGAUGCCCGCAGCUAUGUACGCCCCGCAUAUCCCUCCUUCUCGCCACAACGGCGUAACCAUGGGGAUGGUAGCAGGCACAACCAUGGCCAUGUCAGCAGGAACUUUGCUGACAAGUCCAUCACCAGCACCCGUCGCCCACCAUCAAGUAACGAUGCCCACAUAUCGGCCCCCUGGCACCCCCAGCUACAGUUAUGUGCCCCCGCAGUGGUGAAGAGACGGAAACGUGAGUGCAAUGUCGGAAAGGCAGUAGAUAUGCAUUCACACUCUACUCCAGUGUUUUUCGCUCUCGGUGGCAACCUGCCCUAGCAGCGUCUGCAGCCAGUUAGUCUUCUUCCAGCAUAAUGUGAAUCUAAACCCCAACUAACAUAGAUCAGAGCUCGUUCGAUCAGGGAGGGGGCUUGGAAGAACAGGUCCAUCCCAUAUGAGAUCCCCCUCUCCUCUUAUAGCCACAAGGAUGCAUUCCACGCCCCCUCUUCUCUUCUCCCCGCCAGCAUCAGCGCCUCUGCAGCCCAGCCACAUAUCUCACAUCAAACUGCAAAAAAAAGAAAACCUCCAACGCGAACCUUUGGACUCUCAUGCAGGUUUUUAUAGCUAAAACUCUGAAGUGGUCAAAAGGGAGUUCUGAUUUUUUUUUUAAUUAUUAUUAUUUGGAGGAAACAUAUGAUGUUGAAUGCAUGUGAGUGUGUGUAUAUAAAUAUAUAAAUAUAUAUAUAGAUAUAUGAAGUAAUGCUAGCUUGAUCUACCUGCUGUGACAGAUGCAAAGUCAAUAAAAGGCACACGUCCAAAGGAACUUAAAAAAAAAAGAGUAAUAAUCUGCAAUGCUGAAUUACCAGUGACCAUCUCAUAAAUGUGAAGAAGAAGAAAAAAAAAAGAAUUCCUGCAAAAACGUGCCUGCGUAUUCUACGCAGAGUCCACCAUUUUCACCGCUUUAGGUAUGUAACGCUAGGUUUUUAUUCUUUCUUUAACUGAUGCAGCAUCUCUUAGUAUUUUUUUUGUAUUUUAGGGGGAAAAAAAAGAGUUGGGAUCUUUUAGUUUGUGCCUCUGACUGACAGCCAUUCCGCAACUUUACCAGCCUGAGUGUUUCAUUUUUUUUGUGUUAUGUUUUUUAGGAAAUGUUUCUGUCUAAAAGACUUUGGGAUCUUUAUUUUGGCCAGAAGUGUUUGUUAAUAAAGAACAAAGAAGUUGGGGAUAGUUUGCACCCGUUGGAUGAGAGGGGAUGAGUGGGACCAGUGUGUGCGCGCAUAAGGAACGGUCUUAACAUUGGAAAAACAAAAAGCGGUGCCAUGUAUAGUUCAACAUGUUUAACUGUUUAAGCGUCCAUGUCAUAAUGGCUUUUUUUUCUUGAGGGGUGGAGGGUAGCUCUGACACUACAGCAUUAAAUCACUGCUAACUGUGGCUAUGUUAGGAAAGCAUCAUAUUGUUCAAGUCCAGUUGUGAAUAGCACUACUGAAUGAAGGCACUAAGUGAAAAAGCUGAAGCCUUUUUACCCGCUGACAUCGCUCGCUGUCUUACCUCAAAGUAAACCCACCAGUAUCACUGUUUCAGACAUGCUUUUCUAUGUUGCCUCAGUCACCUCGGUUAAAUAAUCUGUUUUGUAAAUGUUAUUUUUGUGAUUUUGGUUCAUGUUUUGUACUCUAAAAAAUAAAAACCAGCUAUAAGG